AUGACUCAGGCAGCAAACCCCGAAGUGUUUGCGACCUCUGAGUGGCUCAUGGCUGUCUCUAGCCUCGUUUUGCUGUGGCUCACUCCCUUGUUCGUGUUUGGGUAUCCGGACCAAGCAUUGAAAAAGCAAUGCUGGUUGAUUGGAAUGGAUCAUGACCACUACCUUAGGCCCUGGCAAAAAAAAAAAUCGUGGAGUAGAAAUAGAUACCGAGACAGAGACGAACAACAAAGGGAAUGGAUGAGGUGGCCUCAAUGCCCUUUCUUCCCGACAUCUGCCUCCUCCCAUCGACCUACGCCUGGGAAGCUGACAGGUGACGACGAGAGGAGACCGGAUGAAUCGAGGUCGGAGACGGGACGGAUACGUCUAGCAUACGCUCCGGGGCCGAUGAUGCAUGUCAUAAGGUACUAG